AUGUCUAGUCGCCAACAGAUCGACUCAGUCAUCGACGACGAUGAUGAAUUCUGCCCCCUUUGCAUCGAAGAGUUCGAUCUCUCGGACAAGAACUUCAAGCCCUGUCCCUGUGGGUAUCAGAUUUGCCAAUUCUGCUACAACAAUAUCAAAACCCACAGCGAGGAAGGUCGAUGCCCGAACUGCCGACGUUCUUACGACGACAGUACGAUCGAGUACAAGGUUCCAAAUGCGGAUGAGUUCAAAGCAGACUUGGCCUUGAAACACCGCAAGGCCGCAGCGGCAAAGAAGAAGGAGGCAGAGAAACGAGAAAUCGAGGCUUCCAGCCGAAAGAACUUGGCUGGGGUUCGCGUUGUCCAGAAGAACCUAGUCUACGUGAUCGGCCUCAACCCGACGAUACGCGACGAAAACCAGCUUCUCCAAACUCUUCGUGGAAGAGAUUACUUUGGACAAUAUGGGGAUAUCGAAAAGAUCGUCGUCAGCAAGGCGAAGCCUGGCGGCAACCCCAACCAGGGUAUCGGUGUCUACGUGACGUUCUCGCGGAAACUUGAUGCCGCUACAUGCAUCGCUGCCGUGGAUGGAUCGGCGAACGGUGAUCGGGUUCUGAGGGCUCAAUACGGAACGACCAAGUAUUGCUCGUCUUUUCUUCGCAAUGAGCAGUGCAAUAACCGCAACUGCACAUUCUUGCACGAGACCGGGGAGGAUAGUGAUAGCUACAGCCGUCAGGAUCUUUCGUCGAUGAACACAUUGUCCAGCCAACGCCCGUCUCACCCCACUGCUCGUGCCGCCCAACCCGCCUCCCACCCCAUACGCCGUCAGCCGAGUAAAGACGACUCCAUCAGUGGCCGUCCCGGUGUUCUAGAUGGACCGGCUUUGCCCUCAUCCGCAAGCUGGGCGAACACGAACGCUCCCAUCAGUCGGACGAGGCGAGCCAGUCUUACUGGGAGCCAGGCUUCCCAGAGCCCACGACCCGUAAGCGCCACAAUCGCGACCCCCACUGAAGAUCUCAAGCGCAGUGAGAAACCUUCGCCGGUCGCUCAGGAGGCUCAACGGCCCUCGCUGCCCCACAUUCGAUCGCAGGCAACCGCGUCUCGCCAAGUUCCUAUCAAGCCCGAAACACCUUUUGACAGUCUGUUGAAAGCAGUCACGUCCCCCGACUUCAAGUUUGUUUUCUCAGCCUCCGAGUUGUCGCCAGAUGAAGCUGCCAUGAUCUCGAACUACCCUUCUUUCAUUGAUCCGUACGGGGGCGUGAAGAGAAGGGCAAUGCGUGAGAAGGUUGAGCAAGAACGCGUCAAGCGUGAGCAUGAGCUUCUUCAGUCUACCACUGAAGAUGAGGGACCCGAAGCCGGUAGCUUGCAACUGGGCGGAGAGCCAGAAGAAUCCAAUGCACCCCGAGGUCGUCAAAGCCGUGAAUCCCAUGGGGCUAUCCAACCACCUUCCCAGCAAGGCACUGCGGACAACUCUACUGUCGGCUCCCCUGUUUCUGCAACGAGCCACCAGUUCCAAGGUUUGAAUCUUGCAGGCCGCAGUUUAACCCCCCUCCAGCAACAGCAAUUGAUGCUACUGAAAUCUGCGAGCAACCAGCAGGCUGGUCUAGCUGAUCCCUUGAGCUCUGCUGCCUUGGAUCAAGCUGCUCAGGUUCGUCAAGGUCUCCUACAUAGUCAGAUGGCACAGUUCAAUGCCUUACAGGCGCAGAAUCGGCAGUCGUCCCGUUUCGCCUUUGCCAACGAGGCCGGUUCGAAGAACGUCCCCAACCCGCGACUGUUAGGUCAGAUGCAAUCCGGAACUCCAAACCCCCUGUCCGCUCCUAGUCCCCAACAAGCUCUUGCGAGCGGUUUUUACGCAAGUGGUGCUCAGGGGCCUCCGCCAGGUUUGAAGACAGCUGGUACACCCCCCAUUAGCGGAGGUGGUAUGUUUGCACAAGGACAUGGUUUCACGUCAAACAACAACCUUGGACUCGGAUCCAACGUCGGAAAGCAAGAAGCGACACCAGAGCUGAUGCGCGAAUUGUUGCGUGGCCGAGGUGGAACGAAUGUGGGUGGCUUGCAAGGUCAGGAAAAUACUAAGCGUGAGUCCCUGUUUCCUUUCCUCCAACAGCACAAUACCCCACCUCCCAUGACUCCUACGAAUGGCCUUCUCGGCUCUUUCUAUGGGUCCCAGUUGGGAGCAUAUCCUGAAGCUGGUGGCCCACAGAAGCAGAAGAAGAAGGGGAAGAAGCACAGACACGCUAACACUUCCUCCGGCGGAGGUGGUGUAGUAGAUCUUGCGGACCCGAGCAUUUUGCAAGCGAGAAUGCAUCAGGUCGGCGCGAACGCUGGUGCUGGGCAAGCGUUGUACGGGAGUCAAGGCCAAGUGGAUGAGGAGUUUCCUCCGCUCGGUAUGCAGUCAAAAGAGCGCCGACCUGUCGACAGCUUUGGCUUUCUCAAAUCCAGCGACUCGUCCAUGCGUGCCGGAACCCCAAAUCUGCCCCCUGGUCUGCCGGUACCCCACGCUCAUCCCGGUCCGGGUACCUUUCAGGACCACCUGACUGCUUCUAAUCGUUCUUCCCCUGCUCCCAUGCCGCCUCCUGGCCUGGGUGGAGAAUUUUCCUCUGGAUAUGGUACUCCGAAAAAUGACGACGCAUUGUCACGCCCUUCAACCCCUCCCAUCGGUGUUAAUACAACACGUCCGUCCAGUCAUGUCAAAGACGCAUCUCAGGUAUCGUUUGGUUCGCCCGUGCCAAAGUCUGCGACCAAGUCUGGAGGCCGCCUCAAGGACGACUUUUCAAUCGCCCCUGGCAAGAGUGAUUCCGGUGUAAGACCUGGCUCUGAGAUGAACUUGUCUCCCCUCAAAAAGGCGAACCCGAUCAAGCUCAAUACAUCAGUUGCUACUGUCCAGCCUGAAGAAGCUGUUUCUGCCAAGAUUGAGCCGGUUCCUGCUCAAGGCUCUGCAAUUGAAUCGCGCCCGAACACGCCGUUGACCACUGCAUCACGAGUCUCUGACUCUUCGGGUCCUCGCCAACCUCGGGUUCUGCGUGUGGUGGAUACUUCAAAGGCCGAAGCUCCACCUGUCCCGACUGCUCCAUCUGUCGCAUCUUUUGCGGGAACGGUUGGUGCAAGAUCCCGCAAACAAAGCAUCUCGUCCAACAGUCGUCCGGAUACACCGAUUGAAUUUGGUUCCGAGGGUGACUUUUAUGCGUCCGCUUCUGUAUCUCGUGCGAGCUCGCCUCCUGCUUCUAGCCGUAUUGGCUCUGCCCCAGUUCGUGCCGUUACCAAAAGCCAAGCCAAAAAGGAGCGACGACAGAAGGCUAAAGAAGCAGAGGCAAAGAAGGUCGAGACCGUUCCAGUAGUGGAGGAAACCGUGCAAGCUCCGAUUCUUGGGAGGAAGCGGAAGACCAAGAAGCCUGCCAGCAGCAUUGUCGAGUCGGGUAAUAUAGCUGCCGACACUGUGCCAGAGAGAGUGACUGCUGCCAAGCCAGACAAGUCGUCCCCAAAGAAGAAGGAUCAACCCAAGUCGGAUUCCGCCAAGAACGCGAAAGGAAACGAAGAACUGGCUCGAGAGGCAAAGACCCCUACAAUGCCAGAGCAGCCCAUCGAGCAAAAGCCUCCCGUGGAGGAAUGGCGCUCACACAAUACCGUGGAACAGUUGAUGAAGGACUCUGAAGCCACUGGGAUUUCUGUUAAAGACCUUUUCCUGGAACGGACGAAACCACUUCAUGAACUGCUUGCUGCUAUGCACAGGUCAGGGGAACUGAAUCUCCAUACUUCUUCGCUGUUCAACCCCGCGAACCUCUCUCAGCGUGUCGACAUGAAGUGCACUGCCGAUGACUAUGACCUGCUCAGGCAUCCCAUUGAGUUGACCGAGGACCACCGGAAGACCUUGUUGCGCGGUGAGUUUGUUCGCAUUGGUACCGAGGCCAAGAAUCGAUGUCUGAUUACGCCGCGUGGCUGCGUCAUCCCCCAUCUAUCGACUGAGGAGGAGGAUAAGUACAUCGAGCUGGAGAAGAAAAUGAAUGAUGUCGUGGAUCCUACCUUGGACGGACCCGAUCCCAGCAACCGCAGUGGUGGUCUCGAAGCGCUUUUCGCAACUCCUGAGAAAUUUAACAUCUGCUGGGUGGACGACACGUCAAACAGACUGGGCGCUACGUCCCCGAACGCAGCGCUGGUUGCGGCGGAAUCGACCGAAUCCGCCUCCACGGUGCCGCCGAAUGUGCUGUCCACCAUGGACGCAGACACAACCCGCACUCAUAAUUGGGCAGUCACCAACACUGCCGAGCUGGUCAACUCGACCCCCGCUGCUGUGCGAUCCUUCGCCGCAGCCACCGCCAAGCACCUCCUCGGCGGAGCCAUCGCGUCUGGAAGCAAUCCUGACUUGGAAGAACUUGCGGCCCUGACGGAUGAUGAACUGAAAGCAUUCGCGGGCAAGUCGCAGAAGGACCUGGAAGGAACCCGCAAGGAGGUGGAUUUGCUGGACAAGAAGUUCUCCGCUCUUCUUCGGCGGAACAAAAAGCUUGCUCAGCAGGCCCUGGCCAUCGGGUCCAAGGAUGAGUAA